UCUACUGAACACACGAGUUGAUUUCCUCACUAUCACUGUGUCUGAACAGGAACGAUGAUCUCACUCUUUGUGGCGCUUUACUCUCUGCUUUGUCUCUGCACAGCUGUAAAAAUGUCUGACAUGAUGGAGCUUCAAGUGAAAACAUUAAAGCGUGAAGGAAAUGUAACUAUAGAGUGUAACAUCAGCAUGUUCAAAGACAAAAGUAAAGCAGCCUGGUACAGACAGGGUUUUGGAAAAGUGCCGCAGUUUUUCGCAAGAUAUUACGGGCAAAAUACUUACAAGUUUGAUGAAAGGCUUAAUGCCAGCCGCUUCAAUAUUACUGUAAGUGACUAUCAGUUUGAUCUCUAUAUUAACAACAUGAAAGAAGAUGAUAAAGGAGAUUAUUUCUGUGGAGAAAUUGAAGGAAACAAAUUAACAUUUACAUUAGGAGCACGUCUGCAAUUUGAAGAUGAGGCGAUGAAACACCAUUUUGCAUCUGGACCAGGAAAAACGAACUUGGGUUUUGUUACACCUCAGUGUACAAACAGCUGCAGUGAUUCCAGUUGUACUGAUCAGAUGCAUGUGCUCUUCUUGCUCUCCAUUGUUAGAGUUGGAGUUCUUGCCUUUAUGUUAAUUAUAUUUCCAAUCCUACUGAUUGUUUGCAAAUUCAGAUCAAAUUAG